CUUCCUCUGCAUCUGGAUAUGAAGGGAGACACAGAAAAGCGGAAGGGUUUAGAGGCACCCGGGGUAGGUUUGCAUUUGUUUUGUUUCCAAAAAUUAAACAAAUGCUCCUUCAGCAUCACCUCCGCUGCUUUAUCAGUCCAACCUGUGUGUGUGGAUCUCCACGAGGUUCCGGCAGGAGCUCUGCAGGUGCAUCAGCCCUUCUUUUGGUUUUGUUUGGGAGGAAGCGGGAGGGCCGGGGCGCCUGCGCCGGCCAGGCUUCACGCUCUCACAAGGGCGUGCUUAGUGAUCACUACUGUACUGAACACUGUUUCUAACGUCUUCUCGUGAAAGGAGAAAGCUUCAUAGCCUCAGCCAUGAAGGAAAGCAGUCGCCUAGGGCAUGGAGCUAGAGAACUAUGAGCAGCCGGUGGUUCUGAGAGAGGACAACGGCCGCAGGCGCCGGAGGAUGAAGCCACGCAGCACGGCGGCCAACCUAUCCUCCAUGGAGCUCAUCCCCAUCGAGUUCGUGCUGCCCACCAGCCAGCGCAACAGCAAGACCCCCGAGAUGGUGCUGCUGCACGUGGCCGGCCACGGCAACGUGGAGCAGAUGAAAGCCCAGGUGUGGCUGCGCGCGCUGGAGACCAGCGUGGCGGCAGACUUCUACCACCGGCUCGGCCCCGACCACUUCCUCUUGCUCUACCAGAAGAAGGGGCAGUGGUACGAGAUCUAUGACAAGUACCAGGUGGUGCAGACCCUGGACUGCCUGAGCUACUGGAAGGUGCUGCGCUGGAGCCCCGGCCAGAUCCACGUGGUGCAGCGGCGCACACCCUCGGAGGAGACGCUGGCCUUCCAGCAGCAGCUCACAGCCCUGAUCGGCUACGACGUCACCGAUGUCAGCAACGUGCACGACAAUGAGCUGGAGUUCACGCGCCGCAGGCUGGUCAGCCCCCGCAUGGCUGAGGUGGCCAGCCGUGACCCCAAACUCUACGCCAUGCACCCCUGGGUGACGUCCAAGCCCCUCCCCGAGUACCUGUUGAAGAAGAUUACCAACAACUGCAUCUUCAUCGUCAUUCACCGCAGCACCACCAGCCAGACCAUAAAGGUCUCGGCCGACGACACCCCAGGCACCAUCCUCCAGAGCUUCUUCACCAAGAUGGCCAAGAAGAAGUCUCUGAUGGACAUCCCCGAAAGCCAGAACGAACAGGAUUUUGUGCUGCGCGUCUGCGGCCGGGAUGAGUACCUGAUGGGUGAGACGCCCAUCAAAAACUUCCAGUGGGUGAGGCACUGCCUCAAGAAUGGGGAAGAGAUUCACCUGGUGCUGGACACGCCUCCAGACCCAGCCCUGGACGAGGUGAGGAAAGAAGAGUGGCCACUGGUGGAUGACUGCACGGGGGUCACUGGCUACCAUGAGCAGCUGACCAUCCACGGGAAGGACCACGAGAGUGUGUUCACUGUGUCCCUGUGGGACUGUGACCGGAAGUUCAGGGUCAAAAUCAGAGGCAUUGAUAUUCCUGUCCUGCCCCGGAAUGCUGACCUCACGGUUUUUGUGGAGGCAAACAUCCAACAUGGGCAGCAAGUCCUUUGCCAGAGGAGAACCAGCCCUAAACCCUUCACAGAGGAGGUGCUCUGGAAUGUGUGGCUUGAGUUCAGUAUCAAAAUCAAAGACUUACCCAAGGGGGCUCUGCUGAACUUCCAGAUCUACUGCAGCAAAGCGCCAGCACUGUCUGGCAAGGCUUCUGCAGAGUCUCCCAGUUCUGAGGCCAAAGGCAAAGCUCAGCUUCUCUAUUAUGUGAACCUGCUGCUGAUCGACCACCGGUUCCUCCUGCGCCAUGGGGAGUAUGUGCUCCACAUGUGGCAGAUAUCCGGGAAGGCAGAAGACCAAGGGAGCUUCAAUGCUGACAAGCUCACGUCUGCAACCAACCCAGACAAGGAGAACUCGAUGUCCAUCUCCAUUCUUCUGGACAAUUACUGCCACCCCAUAGCGCUGCCCAAGCAUCGGCCCACCCCCGACCCUGAAGGGGACCGGGUUCGAGCUGAAAUGCCCAACCAGCUUCGGAAGCAACUGGAGGCAAUCAUAGCCACUGAUCCACUUAACCCUCUCACAGCAGAGGACAAAGAAUUACUCUGGCAUUUUAGAUAUGAAAGCCUUAAGCAUCCAAAGGCAUAUCCUAAGCUGUUUAGCUCCGUGAAAUGGGGACAGCAAGAAAUUGUAGCUAAAACAUACCAAUUGCUAGCCAGAAGAGAGGUGUGGGAGCAAAGUGCUUUGGAUGUGGGGUUAACAAUGCAGCUCCUGGACUGCAACUUUUCAGAUGAGAAUGUGAGAGCCAUUGCGGUCCAGAAACUGGAGAGUUUGGAGGAUGACGACGUCCUGCACUACCUGCUGCAGCUGGUCCAGGCCGUGAAAUUUGAACCAUACCAUGACAGUGCCCUUGCCAGAUUUCUGCUUAAACGUGGUUUAAGAAACAAGAGAAUUGGUCACUUCUUGUUUUGGUUCCUGAGAAGUGAGAUAGCCCAGUCCAGGCACUAUCAGCAGAGGUUUGCCGUGAUCCUGGAAGCCUAUCUGAGGGGCUGUGGCACAGCCAUGCUGCACGACUUUACCCAGCAAGUCCAAGUAAUCGAGAUGUUGCAAAAAAUCACCAUUGAUAUUAAAUCGCUCUCUGCUGAAAAGUAUGAUGUCAGUUCCCAAGUCAUUUCACAACUUAAGCAAAAGCUUGAAAACCUGCAGAACUUUAAUCUCCCAAAGAGUUUUAGAGUUCCAUAUGACCCUGAACUGAAAGCAGGAACACUGGUGAUCGAAAAAUGUAAAGUGAUGGCCUCCAAGAAGAAGCCCCUAUGGCUUGAGUUUAAAUGUGCCGACCCUACAGCUCUAUCAAAUGAAACAAUUGGAAUUAUCUUUAAACACGGUGAUGAUCUGCGCCAAGACAUGCUUAUUUUACAGAUUCUACGAAUCAUGGAGUCUAUCUGGGAGACUGAAUCUUUGGACCUCUGCCUCCUUCCAUAUGGUUGCAUUUCAACUGGUGACAAAAUAGGAAUGAUCGAGAUCGUGAAAGAUGCCACCACAAUUGCCAAAAUUCAGCAAAGCACCGUGGGCAACACAGGUGCCUUUAAAGAUGAAGUCCUGAACCACUGGCUCAAAGAAAAAUGUUCCAUUGAAGAAAAGUUUCAGGCAGCCGUGGAGAGAUUUGUUUAUUCCUGUGCUGGCUACUGUGUGGCAACCUUUGUUCUUGGAAUAGGCGACAGGCACAAUGACAAUAUUAUGAUCACAGAGACAGGAAAUCUAUUUCAUAUUGACUUCGGGCACAUUCUUGGCAAUUACAAAAGUUUCCUGGGCAUUAAUAAAGAGAGAGUGCCAUUUGUGCUAACCCCAGACUUCCUGUUUGUGAUGGGAACUUCUGGAAAGAAGACAAGCCUGCACUUCCAGAAAUUUCAGGGUCAGCUCUGUGCCCCAGGGCAACGUCUGACCUGGAUGCCGCACAUAGGCCCUGCGACAUAGUGAGCACUGAGCACGCAUUGGCUGAGUGAAGGAGUGAGCUCUGGAGGGCAGUCCCUGCAUCGGGCAGACUUGGACAAGGCUAGGUAACCUCCUAGGUGGUUACUACUUUUUUUUUCAUGACACUCUGUAUUCUAUGAGUUUAUGAAGCAGCAGCAGGACACAUUGGCAAACUACCUAUUACAGGGACAUUAAUAAGCCCUCAAGAUGCAACUUAAAUAUCCAUACAUUCGAGGAGGAAGGAAACCUAAUUAUGAUGUCUAAUGUUUUAUUUAUUUAUUUAUUUGUUUAUGGUUAUCAAGCAUGAAUAUGAAAACUUUUAUUCUGCCUAGGUUUACUUAAAGUCAUUU